GGCUGCUCAUCCUAGCCUGGCGGGGGCGGGGGUCUGAAGGAUGGGGGCGGGUGGAACAACGGGCCGGUGAGGAGCAGCCGCCGCCGUCUCCGCCGUCGCUUUGGCAGCCGUCGCUUUGGCAGCCGCCGCAGUGGUCGCCUCGGGCAGCGCCGCUCGCUCUCGGGCCGUCGCUUCCCAUCCCGACAUCCCGCCCGGAGGAGGCUGAGGCUGAAGCGCGGCCGGCGGCGGGGGGACAGUCAGGCCCCUCAGCGGCGCGGGCGGCCGCAGUGACAGCCCGGCCGCGGCCCGCAGCCUGCCCUCACCCUCGGCGCCCGCAGCCACAAUGAACCGGGGCAGCAGCAGCCCGUCGGCCGCCGCCAACUACCUGCUCUGUACAAACUGCCGGAAAGUGCUGCGGAAGGAUAAAAGAAUCAGAGUGUCUCAACCCUUGACAAGAGGACCAAGUGCCUUUAUUCCAGAGAAGGAAGUUGCCCAAGCAAACACAGUAGAUGAACGUACUAACUUUCUUGUGGAAGAAUACUCUACAUCCGGUCGUCUGGACAACAUCACUCAGGUCAUGAGUCUGCACACUCAGUACCUGGAGUCCUUCCUGCGAAGCCAGUUCUACAUGCUGCGCAUGGACGGCCCCCUUCCUCUACCACACAGGCACUACAUUGCAAUAAUGGCUGCAGCUAGACAUCAGUGUUCUUACUUAAUAAACAUGCAUGUGGAUGAAUUUUUAAAGACAGGAGGCAUUGCUGAGUGGUUGAAUGGUUUGGAAUAUGUACCACAAAGACUGAAAAAUCUUAAUGAAAUAAAUAAGCUGCUAGCACACCGACCCUGGCUGAUCACGAAAGAGCACAUUCAGAAACUUGUCAAAACUGGAGAAAAUAAUUGGUCUCUGCCCGAACUGGUACAUGCUGUGGUCCUACUGGCACAUUAUCAUGCUUUGGCAAGCUUUGUUUUUGGUAGUGGCAUCAAUCCAGAGAGAGAUCCAGAAAUCUCCAAUGGAUUCAGGCUAAUAUCUGUCAACAAUUUCUGUGUUUGUGAUCUCGCUAAUGACAACAACAUAGAGAAUGCAUCCCUCACAGGCGGCAACUUUGGGAUUGUAGAUUCUCUAAGUGAACUAGAGGCCUUAAUGGAAAGAAUGAAAAGGCUUCAAGAAGAAAGGGAAGAUGAAGAGGCAUCUCAGGAAGAAAUGACCACUCGUUUUGAGAAGGAGAAGAAAGAAAGUCUUUUUGUGGUCUCUGGAGAUACUCUUCAUUCAUUUCCUCAUUCAGAUUUUGAGGAUGACAUGAUUAUAACAUCUGAUGUCUCCCGCUAUAUCGAAGACCCUGGUUUUGGGUAUGAAGACUUUGCCAGACGAGGAGAAGAGCAUUUGCCAACAUUCCGAGCUCAGGACUAUACCUGGGAAAAUCAUGGGUUCUCCCUGGUGAACAGACUUUAUUCUGACAUUGGACAUCUUCUUGAUGAAAAGUUUCGCAUGGUCUACAAUCUCACCUAUAACACUAUGGCCACCCAUGAGGAUGUUGACACAACCAUGCUGCGCAGAGCUUUAUUUAACUAUGUUCACUGUAUGUUUGGAAUCAGGUAUGAUGACUAUGAUUAUGGAGAAGUUAAUCAAUUACUUGAACGAAGCCUGAAGGUUUACAUUAAGACAGUGACCUGCUAUCCUGAGAGAACUACCAAGCGCAUGUAUGAUAGUUACUGGCGUCAGUUCAAACACUCAGAAAAGGUUCACGUAAAUUUACUCUUAAUGGAAGCACGGAUGCAAGCUGAACUCCUUUAUGCUCUUCGUGCCAUAACUCGGCAUUUGACCUGAAGCAUCACCCCGGGAAAAUGUCAUAUGUGUGUAAAGACCUUUUCACAUAAGAUAUACAUCAGAAGCUGUUUGUGAUGUAGCAUCAAAAGUUAUUCAAUUCUCUAGUGUCAAAAGUUUAGCCGUUUUUUUUUUUGGCGGCUGUAAUGUGCAAUGAUGUGUUUUAUUUUUCUUGAUGCUUAACAUUACUAACAAUUGCAAAAAUAAUACUGAGGAGCACUACUUUGCAUUGUUUAUAGUUGGAUUUUUGGAUACUGAUCAUAAAUCACGAACCUGGUUUGUUAAUGCUUAACUUCAGCGCUUUUGGGUUUGUACGUAUGUGUAUUUUUUUCUUCCUUUUUUUUUUUUUUUUUUUAAAUAAGGAAAAGCGCUUACAAUCUGCUCAAGCAAUUGUUUUUCAGAUAUUGGAAUUCAGCAAAGAAUGACUUCCUCUGGCCAUUCUAAACCUUUCAUGUUGUGUCCUAAAUCUGGUGGAGGAAAAGCAUGCGCUGUUGAACUAAGCUGCUCACAGGACACACAUCUGUGUCCCCAGGAGAUUAUUUGUCAGGCACUGUUUGUUUUUUUUUUUGUUUAUUUGUUUUUGUUUUUUUACUGCUAUUGGCGAUAACGUGAAAUGUGAUACAGCCAUUGUCCAUAAUUUAAUGUGAAAUUAAUCAUGAUGAAUUCUAUAGCAUGCUACUGAAAUGCCAAAUUCAGCUAUUUUCUUUCUCUUCUGAAACAGAAGUUUCAGUUUUCCAUAUCAGAUGUAUAUAUUAAAAGUGGAAUUAUGCACACUCCUUUCUAUCACUGACAGUAAUCCUCAGUCAUCUUAAAUAAUCAGUCCUCACAGUGCCGCUCACAGUUCGUUUAGUUGGCACAUACAAACCUGUACCCACACAAGACUGACCAAAAAUUUUCUUUGCACAUUUUUCUUUUCUCAUAGUGUUUUCUAUAUCACAGUAAGCAGAGGAAGGUUACUAUACCUAUAUUUUUCCUGUUAGGCUUUUAGAACUUAUUUUCCAUGAUUUUUCUUAUAAUAGGUUAAACAGUUUAUUAUUCAAAAGUAAAAGUUGUGUUUCUAUGCAUUAAUGUGAUUGAACAACAACAAGAAGAAAAAGAGUGCAAUAUGUUAAAAAAAUACUCAACUAAACUUUCCCCUAUUAUGUCACUGCAGAAGUGUCCUUUUUAAACAGAGCCAUAAAGAAAUUUUGUUCAAAUUUCUUUAUUGCACAAGGCUUUUUUGCCUUACUGGGGUUGAACAAUGUUCCUUUCAUAAUGCCAAAGCAUCUCCUUCCCCAGAAAAAUCUCUUUGGACAACUGGUUAAAAAAAGAUACCUAGUCUUAGGGGAGGAAUAAGCAUCAAAAAGUCACAUUUUUGCAUUGGUUUCUGUUGCUUGAUCAGACUGUCUUCACAGAGCACAACGGGAUGUGUUUAUAGCUUUAAUUUGUGUUACGCUCAUGAACCAGUGAAGUGCCUAAAGAGAUGCUUACAACUAUCCAGUAGGACACGGAUGCACUGCGUAAACACUUUUUGGUUAAUUAAGGGUGACUUGAAUUUUACACAAACAUGCUAAUUUUUUUAAAACAGAUCCAUUUUUUCAUAGUAAAUAAUGGUGUUAAAAUUUUCCGUUAGACUUCCCACAAAGAUUUCCUUUUAGACUUACUUACUUUUAUAUAGGACUUACUUUUUUUCUCUCUUGAAAGAAUCGUGAACUAGUGUUUUCUUAAUCAUUUACCCCUUCCAUUUAUCGUCCUUUUCUGGUACAAUACAUUAGACUGCUUUCUUUUAGAUUUUGUUCCAGGUAAGAAAAUAGAUGACUGUAAACCUGUUAACAUAAGGUAGUUCUGCAUUUUUGGAUUCCAGGACCUUGUUUGAAAUCUUCCAUGUGAGGAAAAGAUUACUAAUAUUUUUUAAGACAGGGUGGUUUAUUUAAAGAGAUUGCUCAAAGAACUCAUGCCAGAUCCCUUUUGUUUUGUUUAUUGCAUAUACCAUAUGUUGAUUUUAUUCAAUAGCUCAUUAUAUAGAUACAUAUUAACUACAAAGAAAGUAUUUAGGAAAAUGACAAAACAGAUGACAACAUAAAUGUCCAUUUGACUUCCCUAACGUUAGAACUUUCAAGUUGAAGAUAUUGUUUAUUCUUGACAUUUGUCUUUUAGAUAGAAUUCUUUCAGUUAAAGCCCUGUAUUUUUGUGCAGGUGACCUGUAUUACAGGAUGAAAAAUGAUUUUUAUAUAUUGAAAAGGAGGAGAAAUUCUCACAGAACACCACAUGAGCUUUAGACCAAAAGGGAAACAAGAUUUAAGUAACUAAAGUGGCCACUUAGUUUUUGGGUUUUUUUUUUUCUUCCCCAGAAAUAUAAGUAGUUGGAGUUUGGGUUAUGGAAAUAUUAGUGCCUUUACUAGUUCUCUUUCCUAGCAAAAUUUUUUUUUUUUUAGCUCAACAUUGAUCUAUCUCAUCAAUAAUCAGGAAAAGAAGUUGACUUGGAACUAUAAACAAAAACAAAACAAUAUAUUUAUGAACCUCAGUGAACCAGCCUAGAAAAAUUGACUUCUGAAGGUGCUUGGGCACCUGCUAAGACACAGCAUGCACAGCAUUCCAGGUUGUGAAUACCAUUUUACAGCGAGUUUGCUGUGAACUUUAUCUAAUGCAAACUUGAAAUUCUGAUGCGGUUUUCCAGGGUGGUAUUUUUUCAGAGUAUUGAAUUUACUAUGUAGUAAUUUAUAGUAUAGCUUUUUAUAUUAAAAUGUGAUAUUUUUCAAAGAGAUAUCUGGUUCAAUGGGUGUAACGACGUGAUCCUGCGAUACGCUCACCUACACCUUGGGCUCACAUUGUGCCAAACCGAAAUGUGCACGUGUCCAUGAAGAAAGCACAUGUGAAUGUGAAUUCUCUAACUUCGUUGCUUAUUAUGUUAAAAUUAGCCUAAUAAUCCACUGAUGUAUAUGCUUGAUUGAUAGCUAUUUACUUCUGAAUAUCAAAUUUUCCAGCUUCAGUUGUAAUUCUUAAUUUCUCGGAUCACCUUAAAAAAAAAUCUAAGUAUUCUCCCCUCUGAAAGGGAAUCUGCCCUUGAACCCAAUCCCUUGACCGUGGGAGUGGCCAGGCAGCUGCCUCCCAGAUCCUUCAGAUUAGGCUUCCUCCGAUGGACCCGGGAUAAUUAGAGGAAAAGAGGCAUUUGAGACGGGACCACUUAUUACCUUCUUCAGCUUUUCAAACUGAUUGUCUCAGUCUCAGGAAGAAUCUUUGUCCCCUUUGGGGUACAUUUUAAAUAAAAGGUGGCUAAUUUGAAAUCUGGGACAUGGCCUUGCCCUUUCAUUAUGGCUUUUAAACCCAAAAAAUGGCAGAGCAACCCAGGGCUGUUUUAGAACAGAAAACUCCAUGUAAGCUUCUCAUCAAAAUCAUAUUUGAACCAGAGCCCCUAUUUUAAUCGUUAUAAAGUCUCCUAAAAAUUUUAAUUGCUCCUAAAAACCAAUUAACAGUAUUCCAGAGCAACUUUUUCCUUUUCCAUCUUAGAGUUUUUUCAAAUCCAAAACCUUAGAUUUUUAUGCCACAGCAAAAUAAAAUUAGCAGCAAACAAUUAAAGACCUGUACUUAAAAAUAGUUCACCAAAUUCAUGCAGAGUGCAUGCAUAUAUCAUGGGAAAAUUCUUUUAAACUCUUAAGGACAGUUCAUCAGGGAAAAAAGUAAAUUUCAGUGCAUGUUAAAAAAGUGAUUUGCACUGUGCUAGUAAAAUGAGGUUUUUGUUUUGUUUUAUGUUGUGUUUUAAAGACAAGUCUAAAUCAUUCCUCGGGAAAGCAGGACCUUAAACUCUUCUCUUUAUCUAAUAGGACUUUUUCCUUUUUUAUGCAAAUAGGUGGUCUUGCAUGGAGUAAAAUUUAUGCAACAGUAAUGUUAUAUAAAUAGUAUAUGAAAUUUUCUUAGAAGUCUGAUUCAGCAGCAAACUGAGAGACAUGUGGCUCCACCAUUUAGAUGAGUUUUGAGUUACCUAAUUUAUCUAAUCAGAACCUCUUCUAGGCGGCCGUCAUCGUAAACUAUGUUUCCCUAUUAUAUCCCUCUGGAGACUGAGAAUCAAAUUCAGUAGUCUUUCCUCAAAGCAGUACUGUAACAUGAAUGUAUCUGUCUCAGUCACCAGAACUGAAGAGUCCCCUGCAUGUGGAGUGUAUUUCCAUGCUAAUUUGGCUUAGUUAGCAGUCUCUGCUCAGGUGAGACCUAGAACAAAAAUAGCUGGGGUGACAUAGAUCGUAGAGGUAGAGGUACAUGAUAAAGCAGAGCCCUGUGAGGAAGGAAGAGUUUCUCAAAGAACACAUGGAACAUAAUUCCGAGAGUGUGGCUGUCCUCAGCAUCGUGCACCUAGAGUGAGGGAACAUUUCCCGCUGUGGGAGCUCCUGCCUGCAUUCAGUCCACCCUUUCCUGCCUGCUUUCUCCUCCUCCAAGUGCCUCAACCUCUGCACGCUUCCUCCCCGCCCCUUCCCUCAGCCCAUCUUGGUCUGAAUGCCUUUUCACAAUCCAAACCAAACAUCACCAGCCACCUGCUGAUAGUCACCAGCAUUUACUUUUCUGAAUCACCUUUUCUCCGUUCAUUAAUAUGACUUUGUCCCAACUCCCUCUGAAUUCCUCAACCAUCCAGCUGUAUUUUGGCUGACCUUUGCCCUGGACACCCUACCAGAUAUUAUGCAGCACCAAGUGUAAUCUUGUCCAUCCCAUCCUGUUCUCCCCUUUCCCAGCUGCCAAAAUCUCUUGCUCUCCUCUACCUCAUCCCCAAAGAGCCUAUAAAUUCAGAGUAUCCAACCUUUUCAUGGAUUCACUCUCUAUGGUUCAGUAAUACUACUUCCAUAUUUUAAAUAAAUCAUAGAGGAUUUUUGCCUUCUAUCAAAGUAAGAAUCUUUAUAUUUAUACAUGAUACAGAAAUUGAACUAUUUCUACCAUGCAGAAUUUAGCAUUUAGCAGGAUUUUAAAGUGAUCAAAUUGCCGUCCUAACCUGGAUCUAUAUUAGGUAAUAAAUACUGCUGUUAGUCUAGGUUAUUUGAAUGUAAAGUUUAUUCUCCAGCAAUCUAGAUUGAUCUUAACCGUUCAGUAGAACAGGAAAUUUCUGGCAUACACAUGGGUGGUGUUUCAGACAUUUGUUUUAUUGGUGGUGUUUGGGCCUUGAAAUGCAUUUCUAAUAGAAGAACAUAUGAUAAGCGGCAUUUAGGUGGUCCCAUUGGGUCACAGAAGCCCACUUGAAAGUACCACAAAAUUUGGUACAUUAGGGUUUUGAUCAAGCUUUCCUGGGUUAGACUAGGCUUCUAACCCCAUUCCUACCCUGUUCUCAUGGGGGAAAAGUGUGUUACAGAAUGAAAAGGGAACGCAUUGACUGUAGUCUUUAUUCCCCUGGCUGCACUUCAGAUAUAAUCAGACAGUAUAUUAAGGAACAGGAACUGCACAGAGGAGGAAGAAGUGACAGUUUUUCCUCUCCAGCCAGUGUGCAUUUGGUGUAGUUUGUAGAUGAAAACUCUGUCAGGUUUCUAACAUGGGCGUGUUUAUAGUUUGUUGUCUGACCUGAUGAUGAGCCACCCUACUUGAAAGUGUAGGUUAUUAUGAUCUAUAGUGGUAUUUGCAUGCUUUCCAUUCCCAUUCAUGAACAACCGAACCUGACAGCAGAGUCUAGUAAAUGCCUAUAAGGGCCUAGGAAUGAGUUGAUACCUAGUUAAGAAACAAGACUUGGAGACUGAAGAGAUGGUUUUUAUUAAAUCGUUUAUCUUGAAGUGUUCAUUCUAGCUUUAAAUUAAUUAAGACUACACCACCGUGAAGUACAGAAAUGAAAAAGAAAAAAUAUAGAGGGGAAAAAGAAUGAAUAUCUGAUUCUUUUCAAUGCUUGUAGAAAUCUUUGAAAUAAUGAAAUGCAUACUAUAAAAUAGCCUUUAGAACAAACACCCCAUUUUACAGCUCAUAGGACAACAUCAAACAUUAGUAAGUCUAAGUAUGAUAAGUAUAAUUUUUGGUGUAUACAUUUUGCUAAAACAGUAUUUUCUUGCACCCCUCAAUUUAAUCUCUUAAAAAUGAAUGUGUAAUUUUUACAGAAAGAAUAUCCAAGGGAGAGAGAAUCUCUGGUCUUUGAUGCUAAAAUAUUGUUCAUGAAUCCUGGCUAGCUAAGUGUACAAAUUAUGACACUUACCGAAUGAAACUCCUUAUACAUCUCUUUCUUAAAUUAAUCAGUCUUUACAAAUUUUCAACUGACUCCCAAAUCUGAUAAGGAAGGAUCCAAAGGUAAGACAAAGGAAACUUAUCAGUUGGGUUGCCAAAAAGUUUCCUUUGUAGUGUUGAGACUAUUUUCUCUUUUCUGAAUUUCACUGGUUCUCUAAAAUAAAAGCUAAGAGUUAAAUGGUACCCUUGUUCAUCAAGGAAAGUAAUGCAAACUCUGUCUAGUGCAAAUAAUUCCUUUGCAUUCGUGUAUCUUCUCUGAAAAGAAAAUACAAUUUUUCCCUUCCUCUUUCUCUUCACAUUUACUCUUUUCAACCCAAAAUAAGAUAGACACAGAAAGCAAACCACAAGCCAGUUUGGCAUCUUCUCCAUGCUAAUAGAAUAGUCACAUCCACAUGCACAGUCUGAGCAAGGUAAAAAAGAACCCUGUCAGGUCAACUUGGAACAUGGCCUUGCUACUUGGAUUAGCUCCUUCAAACCUGAAAAUAACUUUCCUGGUCAUGGAAGAACUGGAUGUAUCCUUUAGCUUAUGAAAUAGGAUUUGAACUUGAAAUCUCUUUUUUUAAAUCCUGAUUUUGCAGGGCAGCUACAUAAUGAAUGUAUAUAUUAAGACUUUGUAGCUGAAUUGCACAUGAAAUCAGAUUGCCAACUUCUUGACUUUGAAUUUUAGACAUCAUUUUAUCCUUAAGUUGUGAGUGAUAUAUGUAGCAUGCUGUGAAACGUCUAUUAUAGUUCUUUAAUUCAUCAGUAUUAAUACAGAAUUAUCUUUUGCGUUCCUUGGUACUUUUUAUUCAGUGUAAUCAGAAGCUGUGAUGUUUUGCCUUUGUAGUCCUGUGCUUUGUUACUGUAAUUUUUUUUUUUUUACGAAGCACGUGACUUUGGACUAAUGUGAGGCGGAUGACGUGAUCUUAAAGACUGCUCUAUAUAUCAGUCUCUUACUAUAUAAGGUUUUCAAUUAGAAUAAGCUUUUAUCAAAUAGCUCAUUGAUGCAAUUUAGGAUGCACACAGUUUUCAGUGUCAAAUGGCGGUCUUACAUUUAUAGGUUCAAUUCUGAAAAUAGCAAACUUGAUAAACAGCCACUUUAAACUUCUGGUGAACCAGACCCUGCUGUAGAUGUAGUCUAAGGUAGUGAACCAUAUAGGCCUUUUCAACUAUUACGCCCUCCCCGUGAGUCAGCAGUAAGGAGAGUAUAGAACUUAUGAAAGCUUUUUGUAUGUAUAACUAGGUUUUAUUUUUCUUAUGUUGCUGAUUUUACAAUUCUGACUAAAGCUGACCUGAACAGAUCAGUUUAUGUGUAAUAUUCCAGUGCUUUAAUGCCUCCUUUUUUUUUUUUUUUUGGAGGGAUGGGUAAUAUUAUUUGAACAGAUGCAGAAGGAACUGUUAGUGAGUCAAGACAAACGCAUUUGAAAUAAAGGAACUGUAUUAACAUGUUAACAACAAUUCAUAACUGCACUUUUUAUGACAUUUUGAAAAUCUAUUUAUAGGUACAGAACAAUGGGUUUUGUUAAACUGUAUCACAUUUAUACUUGCAGAAAUUUAUUUCAUUGUUAUUAGUAGGAAUUUUAUUGGUUCAAUAAAAUUGGCAAAACUGAA